AUGUACUUUCUAGGUAGUCUUGUUUGGAGUGGCUACGGUACUUUUACAUGGAGUAAUGGUGACCAAUAUAAGGGAAAUUAUGUUAAUAGUCUGAGAAAUGGAUUUGGCGUUGUAAUGUACGCUAAAAGUGGCGGAAGGUAUGAGGGAUCGUGGUUUAAUGACAAAAUGCAUGGUCUAGGUACUAUGACGUGGCCCCUUACUGGAGACAUAUAUACAGGUGGUUGGGUUGAUAAUAAAAGGAAAGGUUUUGGAAUAUAUCGAUGGGCUGCGACGGGUGAUGUGUAUGAAGGAAAUUGGUUUGAUGAUAAAAUGUAUGGUCGAGGUACUAUGACGUGGUCCCUUACUGGAGACACAUACACGGGUGAUUGGGUUGAUGAUAAAAGGACGGGUUUUGGAACAUACCGAUGGGCUGCGACGGGUGAUGUGUAUGAAGGAAAUUGGUUUGAUGAUAAAAUGCAAGGACAGGGAACUAUGAAAUAUACAAAGGAUGGUAGAUCAGUUUAUACUGGUAAAUUUUAUCAGGCUUUACGAGCUGGAACUGGAACACUAAUGGAUAGAGAUGGUAAAAUUCUCUAUGAUGGUCAAUGGGAGAAUGAUUCUUUUAUUGGAACAAAACGUUAG